AUGGAUGGAUCAACAUUUAGGGACUUGAAGAAGCGAGAAGAAGUAUGGAAGCAAGUAAUAGAUAAUAUAUCUUAUGCCAUAUUUAAGGUUGUAAAUUUUGCAAAGCAUAUUCCAGGCUUUUGUGACCUUAGUGACUUUGAUCAAAUUCUCCUUCUUAAAAAUGGAGUUUUUGAAGCGUUACUUAUCCUCUGUUCGAAGGUAUAUGACCCUGUAGGAAAGAAAGUAAUUUUUGGUGGAAAAUUAUUGUCUAUGUGUGCAUUCACAUCUCUCAACAAUGAAGAACAGGAGUUUUUGAAAGAAGUGUUUGAAUCAGUUGAAAGGUUGAUAUGCCAAAGUCUGAAUGACACGGAAAUGGCAUUAUUGUUAGCUCUCGUAUUAACACAGCCAGAUUUACAUGGUCUUAUGGAUGUUGAAGGAGUAAAGAAACUGCACAUCGUAAUACGGAAUUCUCUUCAUUUUGAAAUCUGCAAAUCACAUUCAAGCAAACGUGAAAGCAUGAAUAAACUGUUUGAAAUAACGAAAGAACUUCGGAAGUUAAAUACUAAACAUGCAACGCUCCUGUAUAAGUUUUCUCUAUCAGUUCCAAAUUUUCAAUUUCCUCCUAUUUAUAAGGAGGUAUUUAGUACAGCAACAUUGACAUGAUGUAAGAUGAACAGAGACAACAUUGAAUAUUAUGAACCCCAUGGUUGAUGGUGCGGUAAAUACAAACAGACAUCUCUGUAAAGAUGAAUUUGAAUCAAUUAAAGAUGACAUGAAUUCGAAACAUUUGUACAGAGCAUUUUGACAUUAACCAUGUUUACAAACUAUACAGUUUCAAACAGAGCAAGCUGUAUAAUACUUUCAAAGAGCAUGGGACAUUACAAGAACACAACAGAAAACUGCAGAGUGCUUGAGGUGACAGAAAUUGCUUUUUUAUAUGCUGUUUGUACUUUAUAUAGCUAUGCAGCAGAAAAUAUAGAUUAUAAUCCAAGAAUCGAGUUAUUAAAAAUAAGAUGAAAGCCUCUAUCAUUUUCCAGAGGAUCAGUGAGCGAUUAUUAUGGUACCCUCAACGGAGUUGGGUGACAUAUUGUUAUUCUACGUUUAUUUUGUCUUGAUUCGAAUAAAAAAUGAAAACAACAGAAAUAGUAAAAAUCUUAAUAUAACGGUACGGAAGUAACGGAAACAUAAAAUUAAAGCAGCAACAGAUUCGAUGAUCGACAGGACUGCACUGUUAUAAAUUCAGUUUGGUACCAAUGCUUUUCAAGACCAUGUACUUGCUCGUACAGCGAGUUAUUUAUGUUUUUUGAUACAUCAAAGAA